AUGACGCCGCUCGGAAAGAAGGAGCUCCUCGCGUGGGCGUCGGAGACGAGCGGCAUUCGCCCCUGCAGUAAGUACGCCGACCUGCGCGACGGCGUGGUGCUGCUGGCCCUUGCCAGCCGCCUGUUUCCGGCGGGCGUCGAACCUCGCACCCUGCGCCGCGGCCCGGACGACGUGGAGCGGAACUGGGAUGCGCUCCGCUGCCUCAUGGCGCAGCAUCGACUGCCGCUGCACCUGUGCGACCGCCACGCGGUGGCAGCCGGUCACGCGCGGCACUGCUUCAACAUGCUGGUGCUGUUCUACUUCCUCACAAAGCUCGCACGCGACUCGGACUUUUGCGUGGACUUCGCGAACCCUAUCGACCCCGGUAUUGCGGAGUUUCUCCAGUCACCAAAGAGCCUUAUCUGCGUCGGGAAGGUGCCCGCAGGCGAGGCGGGGACGAAUAGUGAACUUGCCCCCGAUGAGACGACCACGGCCGCCACAUCCUCGUCUGGACUUCCAUGUGAGCAAGAACACCAGCAACAACAACAACAACACCAGCAACAACAACACCAGCAACAACAAAAACCUUUGACCUCUUUACCACCAGCGCCCAUGCAGCGUGCGGCUUCGCUGGCGUCCUCAUUGCCGAUGGGUGGAGACGAGUUGGAGCUGCAGAGCCUGCGGGCGCGCAACGCGCGGCUGGAAGAAGAACUCGAGCACGUGCGAGCUACGUCACAGUUGAUGCUGGCGCAGCAGCGUGGCCUUGUGGCUAGCGAAGUUGCCCGCACGGCGGAACAGUUUGAAGUGCAGAUGGCGCUGCUGCGGCUGGAGCGCGACCACGAGGUGCGGCAGUGCCUUAUUGACGUGCGCGAAGAGUACGACAACUUCCUCCGCGCGAUGGAAGGCGAUUCGGCGUCGUCGUCUGCCGUCGUUAGAGCUCUUGAGUGCAAAGUUCAGGUCCUCGAGCGCGAGCUGGCCGAAACGCGCGGCACAGCGUUGCAGCUGCAGAAUGGUCUUACCACACAGCGUGACCGCCACGACGCUCUCGCGCAGAGGAUUCAGGCCAUCUGCGCCGCCGCGCCCGCUGCUGCGCCCGACGACCGCGAAGUCGUGGCGGCCAUCACCGUGCUGCUGGAAGGACAGCCGCAAACAGUGCGGGACGCGGUGGCGCUGCGGCUCAAGGCGCUGAUGUCGCAGAUGCAGGGACUCCGCUGCGAGGCGGAGCGCUUGCGGGGGCGCGAGGAAAGAGACAGUGCCGGCGGUGGCGGCGUAGGGGAGGUGUGCCGCCUCCGCGUUCAGCUGGAGCGGCUCAAGCAGACCAACCACUUCUUACACCACCAGCGGCGUCAACAACAACAACAGCAACACCAGCAGUUGCAGCAGCACGACUGGUAUGCGGUGCCGCUAGCGGACGCCCUGGAGGCUCCGUCCUGCACGAUUGACUCUGAGACGUGCGACGCCAUUUGCGCGCGAGUCAGCGCGGUGGUGGAGGCGCACACUCUGGCCGACUCUGCCGUGCGCAAAGAAGUGCAGCGGCUCGUUGACACUGUGCAGAUACUCCAAGCUCGGGUGCAGACCGCCAGCGCUGCUCUGAUAGCGUACCGGGACAAGCAGCAAGGUCUCUAUGAGCAGCUGCUGUGCGCUCAGCAAAACAGCGAGUUGGAGGCGCAUGAGCGGCAGCGCACAGUGGAAGCAAAGUUGGACGAGCAGCGCCUCCGCAUGGAGGCCAGCGAGGCGGCUCUCACCACCAAGCUGCGUCUCGCAGAGGAGCGCUGCUCGCGGCGGGAGUCCGCCAUGAAGAUGCUGCACGAGCGGGUCCGUGACAUGGUGUGCUCAGUGCUCAAGCAAUCCAGCAGCAGCAACGGCAACGGCAACGGUGGUGUGGCGCUCGCGGAAGUGCGGGACACACUGCAGAGCAUCAUGGCGGAGGUGACGGGCUCGCAGCGUACACACGAGUCGCUGGAGGCUGCGCUGACGGAGUUGAGCGAGGAGACCGCAAACCUCCGCCAUCAGAUCGCGUUGCGCGGGCGGGAGGUGGAGCGGCUGCAGUCCGCACUCGCGGAGGCUGAGGCGGCGCGGCGGACAGGGCAGGCACAGGUGGCAAGGGUGAAGGCGGAGGUCGCCACGCUGCGUGAUGCCAUUGCAGUCGAAGUAGACGCGUGUCGCCGUUACAUUGGUCGGGUGGGAGAGUUGCUGCUGACGGCGGAAGAGCUGCCGCAGCCAUCGGCGGUUGUGGCAAGUCGUACUGCAACUGCGGCUGCUAGCGUCUCCUCCUUUCCCCUGACGGAGGUUUACAGGAACGGAAGCCGAAGUACCACCACCACCACCACCACCACCACCAGCAUUGGCAGUAACAGUAUCGGCGGGAGGGAGGAAGCGAUGGAGGAAGAACAUGCAGACGGAGUAGUAGAAGCAGAAGCCACAUCAAGAACCACAACAGCGACAACAACGUCAAACAUUAAGGCACCAGCGGGUGCUGCUGUGGCGAAUCUAACCCCGUCGCUGUUGUCUCCAGAAGAGUUGGAGCGACGCAAGAUGGCGAUCCUCAGCAAGUAUGGAUUCUCGAGUAGAUUAGAUCACUGA